AUGGCUCCCAACGGUGUGCUCAAUGGCGUCCAUGCUCGAGCUGGGAGGAAGCCGGAUCUUCACCUUGUUACUGACGAGGACGCCGUCUAUGAACAAGACAUAGUGCGAGAUCCCGGCAACACGAAACCAUGGCUUGCGUACAUCGAAUUCAAGUUGAAGCAUGGCACAGUCAUGGAACAGGCAUUCGUCAUGGAGCGGGCCUGCAUACAACUGCCGCGGUCCUACAAGCUCUGGAAAUUGUACUUGCAGUUUCGGACAAAGCAUGUCUCCAAGCUGAACGCCGCCGCCUUUGCCCCCGAGUACAAGAAAGUGAACUCGCUCUUCGAACGAGCUCUCAUCCUGCUCAACAAGAUGCCGCGGAUAUGGGAAAUGUACCUCAAGUUUCUCCUGUCGCAGCCAGUCGUCACGUUGACUAGGCGUACAUUCGAUCGGGCAUUACGGGCGCUCCCCAUUACGCAGCACAACCGGAUAUGGGCGCUCUACCGACCCUUUGCGAACUCGGCAGCUGGCGAGACCGCUGUGAAGAUCUGGAGGAGAUACAUGCAGGUCCACCCCGAGGAUGCCGAGGACUUCGUCGAGCUGCUGUCGCAUGUCGGGCUCUACACAGAAGCCGUCAAGAAGUACAUCGACAUUCUGAACAACCCGCGCUUCAACAGCAAACAGAGCAAAGGUCACUACGAACUGUGGAGCGAGAUGAUCGAUCUGAUAGUUGAGCAUGCGAAUGAGGUGGAAACAAGCUACGAGACAGGCAUCGACGUUGAGCGCAUCAUACGCAGCGGAAUCAGUAGAUUCGCCGACCAGCGGGGCAAGCUGUGGUGUGGUUUGGCCACGUACUGGGUCAGGCGCGGCAGUUUCGAGCGGGCAAGGGACGUAUUUGAGGAGGGCAUCACUACCGUCAUGACAGUCAGGGAUUUCACUCUCAUUUUCGACACGUAUGCGGAGUUUGAGGAGUCCAUCAUCGGCGCUCUGAUGGAGCUGGCCUCGGUACGCGCAGACGAAGGCAAGACUGACGAGGACGCCGACUUUGACCUUGACAUUCGCAUGAUGCGGUUCGAGCAGCUCAUGGAUCGUCGCCCUUUCUUGUUGAACGAUGUCCUCCUACGGCAGAAUCCCAACAACGUUAGCGAAUGGGAGAAGCGCGUUGCGCUAUGGGGCGACAACCAGCAAGAGGUCGUCCAGACAUACACGAACGCCAUCGCGGCCAUCCAGCCGAAGAAGGCCGUCGGACCUUUCCACCAACUGUGGGCCAGCUACGCCAAGUUCUACGAAAAGGGCGGAGACAUCAAGAAUGCCAGGAUCAUCAUGGAGAAGGCCGUCAAGGUGCCAUACAAGUCGGUUGCUGAGCUGGCCGACAUGUGGAUCGAGUGGGCUGAGAUGGAACUCCGCAACGAAAACUUUGACGAAGCUGUCAAGAUCAUGGCGAAGGCUGUGCAAGCCCCCAAGAGGUCUGCAGUGGACUAUUUUGAUGAGACUCUAUCACCUCAGCAGAGAGUUCACAAGAGCUGGAAGCUAUGGAGUUUCUAUGUCGACCUUGUGGAGAGUGUCAGCUCUCUGGAGGAGACCAAAAAGGUCUACGAGCGCAUCUUCGAGCUCCGCAUUGCGACGCCACAGACCGUUGUCAACUAUGCCAACCUUCUCGAGGAGAACGACUACUUUGAGGAGUCGUACAAGAUCUACGAGAGAGGCCUCGACCUCUUCAGCUACCCGGUUGCCUUCGAGCUUUGGAACUUGUACCUCACCAAGGCCGUCGACCGCAAGAUCGGCAUCGAGAGGUUACGAGACCUCUUUGAGCAGGCUGUCGAGGAGUGCCCACCCAAAUUCGCCAAGGUGCUAUAUCUCAUGUACGGAAAUCUCGAGGAGGAAAGAGGUCUUGCGAGACACGCCAUGCGGAUCUACGAGCGAGCCACGAGAGCCGUUUCCGACGAGGACCGUGCCGACAUGUUCAACUUCUACAUCACCAAAUCAGCAUCGAAUUUCGGCUUGCCAUCUACGAGACCAAUCUACGAGAGAGCCAUCGCGGCACUGCCCGACGAGGAGGCCCGCGACAUGUGUCUGAAGUUUGCCGACAUGGAGAAGCGCCUCGGCGAGAUCGACCGCGCGAGAGCCAUCUACGGGCACGCCUCGCAGUUCUGCGACCCGCGAACCAACCCUGCUUUCUGGACCAAGUGGGAGCAGUUUGAGGUGCAGCGCGGCAACGAGGACACGUACAAGGAGAUGCUUCGCAUCAAGCGCAGCGUGCAGGCACAGUACAACACGGACGUCAACUUCAUCGCAUCCCAAGCCAUCGCGCGCAGCCAGCAGCUGGCCAAGGGAGGAGCCGGUGACACGAAUGGCGACGCCGAGGUUGCUGACGCCAUGGAGCAGCUCGAGCGGCAGGCUAGGGCGCCGGCUGGGUUCGUGGCCGCGAGCACUGGUAUCGCUGGGACGAUUGCCAAGGAUGCGGGUGCUCCCGCUGUGACGGCGAAUCCAGACGCCAUUGACCUGGACGACAUGGAUGAGGAGUAG